ACAAGAUGCGUUGCUCAAAAACCCGAAACGCACUCCAAAAUGUUGUCUAACAAGCUACCAUUUACAACAACUAUAAUCCUCUUAAUUAUAUUUAUUUUUCCUAAUUAUAACUUUGCUUAUUAUCACAGUCUUCCAGAGAGUGAAAAUAAUGGUGGAUCAUCUUCUUCAUUUACACUUCCUUCAAACUUUCUCUUUGGUACUGCUUCUUCCGCAUAUCAGUAUGAAGGUGCCUACUUAGUUGAUGGUAAAGGGCUCAACAAUUGGGAUACUUUCACUCAUAUGUCAGGAGGGAUAUUAGAUAAGAGCAAUGGAGAUGUUGCGACUGAUCACUACCACCGAUAUCUGGAAGAUGUAGAGCUGAUGGCUGAUCUUGGACUCAACAGUUAUCGUUUCUCGAUAUCAUGGGCUCGAAUUUUACCAAAAGGAAGAUAUGGAGUCGUUAAUUUAGCAGGCAUCAGAUUUUACAACCAGCUCAUUGAUACUCUACUUGCUAAAGGGAUUCAGCCUUUUGUGACACUGAGCCACUAUGAUAUCCCUCAAGAACUCGAGGACAGAUAUGGCGGAUUGCUUAGCUCUGAAAUACAGAAAGAUUUUGCAUACUAUGCGAAUAUCUGCUUCAAAUACUUUGGGGACAGGGUAAAAUACUGGGUCACCUUCAAUGAGCCGAAUGUUGAUAUUAUUUAUGGGUACCGUACUGGUGACUACCCACCAAACCGGUGUUCAGGCUUAUUUGGAAACUGUUCAAAAGGAGAUUCCGAGAAGGAACCCUUCAUCGCUGCUCACAAUGUUAUCCUUGCUCACGCGGCUGCUGUAGACCUUUACAGAACCAAAUACCAGGAAAAACAAGGAGGCAUCAUUGGGCUUGUUGUUAGCGCCAUAUGGUUUGAACCUAUCAGCAACUCGCCAUUCGACAAGUUUGCAGCUGAAAGAGCUCAGUCUUUCUUCAUGAAUUGGUUUUUAGAUCCAAUCAUGUUUGGAGAAUACCCAGCAGAGAUGCGAAAGAUUCUGGGACCAAAUUUACCAAAAUUUUCAAAGAACGAGAAGAGGAUACUAGAUAAAGCACUUGAUUUCAUUGGUAUCAACCACUACACUAGUUUUUAUGCCCAAGACUGCAUGUUCACAAGCUGUAAAUCUGGAUCGGGAGUUACCUGGACAGAAGGAGCAUACCUGAGAACUCCAUAUAAAGAAGGCAUUUCCAUCGGCGAACCAACAGCAAUGGAUUGGCUGUACAUCCACCCACAAGGAAUGGAAAAAAUGGUGACCUAUGUUAAGGAUAGAUACAAUAAUACACCCAUGUUCAUAACAGAAAACGGGUUUGUUCAAGAAAGCAAUUCAAGUACUAGUGUCACCAAGCUACUCAAUGACUCCAAGAGAGUGGAAUACAUGGCUGGUUACCUGGAUUCAGUCCUAAGUUCUAUUAAGAAAGGAGCGGACGUUAGAGGAUACUUUGCAUGGUCAUUGCUUGACAACUUUGAGUGGUUAUAUGGAUACACCAGAAGAUUUGGGCUAUAUCAUGUUGAUUAUAAUACAUUGAAGCGAAGUCCAAAAUUAUCAGUUGCUUGGUACAGAAACUUCAUUGCCAAGCAUAGAACACAGACAAUAAAGAAGCAGGGUAGAAGUGAAGAUGUAUUACAAUCAUCUUAAGACUUCUAGCAGAGGAAUACAUAAGAACAUCAUACAGAAUAAUCUUAGUACUCAGACUCCUUGUAACUAUGUCUUACCUGUGAGGAAUGGCAUAUCUGUAUCCACAUUGACGUUUCUAAGAGUCAAAGUAAUAAAGGACAGAGAAUCAAGAAGCAGAAAGGCGGUAACUGUUAAGCCUUUCCAUCUUCCACCACAAAGUCGCAAGUUCAUUCUUGUCAAGGGAUACCAGGUUAUGGGAUAGGUUGUAUUCAUUGACCGAUACAAGUUGUAGACAUUUCUAAAAAAAAGGCAUCUACAUGAAUA